AUGAAUAGGUUUACAUCUAAAAUCAUUAAACCAACUCGUUUUAUCAACUCCUUUAAUAAUAGUAGUUGUAAAUGUCAAUAUAGUAGUAGUUCAAAUAAUAGUCAAUCAAUAUACCCAAAGAAUAAGAAUCAUUUAAAGAAUUUACCAUUACCAACUGCCAAUUCAUUCCCAAAGAAUGAAAAGAUAAAUGAUUACUUUCAAUUUGAAGUUGUUCAUCAAUCAUCAAAAUCAAAUGCUCGUGUCACUAAAAUAACUACACCUCAUGGAAUAAUUGAAACACCAAACUUUGUACCAGUUGCAACUAUUGGUAGUAUUAAAUUUGUUGAUCCAGUUACAACAAGACAACAAAAUUCACAAUUAAUGUUUGUCAAUACCUAUCAUAUGAUUGUGAAUGCAGACUUGGAUACGAUUGAAAAGGCUGGUGGAUUACACAACUUUAUAAAUUAUCAGGCACCGAUUAUUACCGAUAGUGGAGGUUUCCAAGUGUUUUCAAUGGGUCAUCCAGAAAGACACAAUACCAUCAACGAACAAGACGAUUCAGUGACAGACGUAAAUGACCUUGUCGUGUCACAAUCGAUUGAAAUGACAAAGAGAGAACUCAAAGGAAUGUCGGGUAAAAAGUAUCCGGGCAGUAUCGAAUCAAUCACAGACGACGGUGUCAUAUUCCGAUCCUAUCGAACAUCAUCCAUCAUUGAACUAGGACCACAAUCAUCGAUUCAGUACCAGAAAAAGUUGGGUGCCGAUAUCAUCAUCCCAUUUGACGAACUACCUCCCUAUCACAUUUCGGAAGAAAAGGUGAGAGAGUCGUUGCAUCGAACACAUCAUUGGGAGGGACAGUCGCUACUCGAACAUUUAAAAGAUCCAAGACAGCAGGCAAUGUACUCUGUCAUUCACGGAGGUGUAAACAAAGAGAUGAGAAGAGAGAGUUUAGAGUAUCUCACAUCACUGCCAUUCGACGGAGUGGCAAUUGGAGGUAGUAUUGGAAAGGAUCGUGACGAAAUGAACGAUCUACUCUCCUUUUUAAUGCCACUUGUCCCUAGAAACAAACCAAAUCAUCUUUUGGGUAUUGGUGACUUGGAGAGUAUCAUCAGAUCGGUUCCAUUGGGAAUCGAUACCUUUGAUUCAUCUUAUCCAACACGAUCGGCUCGUCACGGUUCCAUUCUUUUAGCACAAUCAAAUGAUCGUUUCUUGAUUACAAAAUCAGAAUAUAAAUCACAAUAUGAUACUCCAUUGGAUAAAUCUUGUGAUUGUCCAACAUGUAAAAAUUAUUCAACAGCAUAUAUACACCAUUUAUAUAAAUCAAAUGAACAAAUAUUUUAUACCUUGGCAACACAACAUAAUCUUAGAGCUAUGGCUAGAAUAAUGGAGAAUAUUAGAUUCAAAAUUCAAGCAAAUGAAAUUUAA